AUGGAGACAUUAAGUAACGAUACCCUGCUCAUGGUACAACAAGCCACAAACUACGUCAACACAUGUCGAAUUAAAAAUAAUCUCAUGGAUAUUCUAGCAGUACGAGUACUAAUGCUCCUACUUUACUGUACAGUAUUCGUGGUGGCCGUAUCCGGAAAUUUUCUUGUUGUUUAUGUUGUAAUGAACAACAAACGAAUGCAAACUGUCACAAAUAUUUUCAUCACUAACCUAGCUAUAUCAGAUCUUCUGGUUAACUUUACAUCACUUUGGUUAACUCCCAUGUAUACCUACGUGGGACAUUGGAUAUGGGGAGGAUGGCUGUGUCAUGGUCUUCCACUUUUUCAAGGAACAAGCAUUUUUAUAAGCACAUUAACAUUGAUGGCAAUUGCAAUGGAUCGCUAUUUUGUGAUUGUUCAUCAUUCUAGCUCGUUAAAUAUCAACGAUAGAAUGUCAAUGAGGACUUGUAUUUUGGUUGUGACAUUGAUUUGGUUGUUGUCACUACUGUUAGUGAUGCCGUAUGCGUAUCAUAUGAGACUUACAUUUAUCAAAGAGCCUUGCAAUUUUUGGGUGUGUAGUGAGUAUUGGUCUAUGAGGCGAAUUAAAAGCAUCUACGGGGUGAUUGUGAUGGCACUGCAGUCAUUCUAUCUGGUAGAUUACUCCGAUCUUCGUGCAAUCUCCAGUUUUACCGAAUGGACAAACAACGCAGCACUCGGAUACACAUUGCUUGUCGUGGAGUCAAUUACGAACCAGCUGUCGCUUGGUAUGAAAUAUGCGUUUUUUGGAUCACAAGAAAAAAAGUAUUAUUUCGAUUGUAGGGAAGGCUUCGUUAAAGCGAUACCUUUUCUCCGUUCCAAGGUCAAGCCUAAUGGUCGUGUACGUGUCCUGACAGAAAAAACCGACGGUUUCACGAAAUCCUCCAUCGGGCGGCAUGUUGCAGACCAUUGCUCAUUUUCUGUGAAUGAGCCAAAUUUGCAAGUCCAUAAACACCAACGACUUGAGGAAAAGAAAAAAGAUGAGGAGCAAAGUUCAUUCGUGUUAUCUCCAGACACGGAAAAAGUCGAAAUACUUCUCGUUGACGGAGUCGAUACGAAAAAGAUUACGGACGAGUCCGAAAUGCAUGACAAUUAUCUGCUCUAA